AGCUUCAGCACACGCAAACGUACACACACAUAUGUCGACCGAGCAUAGCCGCGUUUGGACUUGUUUCGCUUUCGAACCCCGGAUGCCCCUCGUCCACAGGAGAGCUCCGAAUGGGCCUUCAUCGCUGAGUUGGUGUCUUUCAGCUCUGAUGGUACCAGCUUACCAGUGACCACGACCUGCCCAAGGACAUCCGCUGCCCAGUUCCCUUCAUCAUGUCCGGGAUUCACGCACCAUGGUCAAGUGGCACAGAAUGCGUAGCCAAGUAUAACUUCCAGACCACCAAUGAACAGGACCUGCCCUUUUGUAAAGGAGACGUGUUGACCAUCAUUGGAGUCACCAGGGAUCCCAACUGGUACAGAGCGAGGAACACAGUGGGCAGAGAAGGCACCAUCCCAGCAAACUAUGUCCAGAAAAGAGAAGGAGUCAAAUCAGGAGGGAAACUCAGUCUUAUGCCUUGGUUUCAUGGGAAGAUAACACGCGAGCAGGCCGAGCGGCUGCUUUACCCUCCGGAGACGGGUUUGUUUCUGGUGAGGGAGAGUACCAACUAUCCUGGAGAUUACACCCUCUGUGUUAGCUGUGAUGGCAAAGUGGAGCACUACCGCAUCAUUUACCUCAAUGGCAAGCUCACUAUUGAUGAGGAGGAGUACUUCGAGAACCUCAUGCAGCUGGUGGAGCAUUACACCAAAGACGCUGAUGGACUUUGUACCAAGCUAAUUAAACCCAAGCUGAUGGAGGGAACAGUGGCAGCACAAGACGAGUUCUCCAGGAGCGGCUGGGCAUUGAACAGGAAGGAGCUGAAGCUGAUCCAGACCAUUGGCAAAGGCGAGUUUGGAGAUGUCAUGGUGGGGGACUACAGGGGGACCAAGGUGGCAGUCAAGUGUAUCAAAAACGAUGCCACAGCACAGGCUUUCAUCGCCGAGGCCUCUGUCAUGACGCAGCUGAGGCACAAUAACCUGGUGCAGCUGCUCGGUGUAAUUGUUGAAGAGAGAGGAAAUCUCUUCAUCGUCACAGAGUACAUGGCAAAGGGCAGCCUUGUGGACUACCUACGCUCUCGAGGGCGGACCGUGUUGGGUGGAGACUGCUUGCUCAAAUUCUCCCUUGAUGUGUGUGAAGCCAUGGAGUACCUGGAGGCCAACAACUUUGUGCACAGAGAUCUGGCAGCUCGUAAUGUGCUAGUGUCUGACGACAACAUUGCCAAGGUCAGUGACUUCGGCCUCACUAAGGAGGCCUCCUCCGAUCAGGACACUGCCAAACUGCCCGUCAAAUGGACCUCCCCAGAGGCACUAAGAGAGAAGAGGUUUUCCACUAAGUCGGAUGUCUGGAGUUAUGGAAUCCUACUUUGGGAGAUCUACUCCUUUGGGCGUGUGCCUUACCCUAGAAUUCCUCUGAAAGAGGUGGUGCCCCGGGUAGAGAAGGGUUACAAAAUGGACGCCCCGGACGGCUGCCCGCCUGUGGUGUACGACCUGAUGAAGCAGUGCUGGACCCUGGACCCUGUGGUGCGGCCCUCCUUCCGCAUGCUGCGGGAAAAGCUGCAGCAUAUCAGAGCCAAGGAGCUCUACCUGUGAAGACGAAGCAGCGUGGUUGACAUUGAGCGAAGAGGAGGCGGCGUGGCUGACGUUGCGUGAAGAGGAGGCGGCGGCAUCGAGACGCAGCCCAGCUCGGCUGUGCAGUGGAAAGGACCAAGAAGAGGGACCAGAACGCCUCCUGCACACUAAAAUUCGUUCACCUCUGGGACUGCCACACUCCGCCUCCAACGUCCGCCGCGCUUCCUCUGCUUCCUCAGACUGUUUUCCUGUUCGUGUUGUAUAGCUUUCGCCUAUUUACUCUUUCACAAGACUGUCCGCUGCUCUGUUCUCCUUUUGUACCUGCCACUGCUCCUCGCUCUCUUCCGAAUUUUUCCUCUUCCUUCCUGCCAGAUUCCGUUGUUUUCUUCUUCCUCCUGAUCAUGGCAUUAAUUGGUGGGGAGGCUGGCCUUUUCCUCCAUGUUUGUCAGGUGCUCUUUCUUCUCAUCGCCACCUUUCAUCAUUCCCUGAUUUCCACGACUCUUCUUGACUCUCUCCUGUCAUUCCCUUCCCUCCAACUGGUGUGAUGUCCGAUGUGGGGCCUUCGCUCUGUGCCAAAGUGCCUCCAGCCUACAGAGCUUCAGACUUCCUCCAGCACUUCUUCAGUUGGACUUUUAAUGAUUUAAUUUUUUUAAGUGUUUUUUAUUAUUAUUAUUAUUAUUGCUUUAUUUCAGGGAGGUUGUCAAACCAACUUUUUAAGUGCUGUCUCACCCACUGUCACCAUCUCCCUGUCUGUUUUUUUUUUUCCCCCUCGCGUAAAGAUGGCACAGACAGGAAGAAAGAGCAUUUGGGGCCAUUUGUCAUUGUUUGUCCUGUAGCUGAGUCCACUCGGAGGUGAGGACAAGUCGAAGCAGGAGCAGGGGGGGAGGCGGGUCACGUGCAUAGUCGAUUCAUCAUACUUGGGCUUGUUUUUAUAUCAAAAUACAGUAUAUUUAAAAAAGGACAAGGAAGACGACUGAGAAUUAAAAAUGGACAACUUUCAAAAGCCGAGUGUAUUGGCUGUAGGAAUGUUGGAGUUGUUUUGGUGCAUGCUGUGUGAGAGGCCUUGGGUUCAACUGUCAGUGCUUUCAAUGUUCAUUGUUUUAUUAUGCUAUCAUGAUUAUGAAUAAAUCAUUCCACCUGAA